CAAAAAAGUAGCCUGUAAAAUACAACUGCAUGUAUUACAUUUGUGUUGUGUCAGAGCUGAGGUCAGGUGUUGGAGCCCAGCUGACUCAAAAUAUCAGGUUACCCACAGGCAGCCUUUCAUUCUGGGGAAGUGUAAAAGCCCCCACAGUGACCCACACAAGAGUCCUGAGCCACGCAUGGACACACAAACAAAGGAGAGGCCUGCUGUUCCUCUGAUGAGGACAUUCUCUAAAAAGGGUGCAUCAUGACUUCCUGUGCGACAAAGAGCCGUCAUAGAAACCCUUAUGCUGCGGUGCGUGUGGACCCUGACAGUGAUUAUAUCACUCCAGGGACAUUAGACCUGGAGCAGAUGUUCUGGGCCGGCUCUGGGGCACAAUACACACACGUGGAUGAGGUUUGGCCCAAUAUCUACAUUGGAGAUGAAAAGACAGCUCUGGAGGUAGAAGGUCUAAGGGAGCUGGGCAUCACCCAUGUCCUGAACGCAGCAGAGGGGAAGUUUAAUAAUGUGCUGACUGGAGCCACCUACUACAGUGACUCACACAUUCAGUAUCUGGGUGUGGAGGCCGAUGACAAACCCACAUUUAACAUGUCCCAGCACUUCUGCUCCACAACACAGUUCAUCCAUGAAGCGCUCAGGGAUCCCCACAACAAAGUGCUGGUGCACUGUGUGAUGGGGCGGAGCCGCUCUGCCACCUUGGUCCUGGCUUACCUCAUGAGCAAACACAGUUUAACUGUGGUGGAUGCCAUUGAGCAUGUGCGACAGCGCCGCUGUAUUCUGCCUAAUCAUGGCUUCCUAAAGCAGCUCAGGGCUCUAGAUAUCACACUACAAGAGGAGAGACUAAAACAGAAGAAACAGCUGCAAGGUCAAUGA